UUUACUUUAAGUCAAAGGAUUUAGAAACAAUAAAAAAACCCACAUAUCAGAAUAGUCAAAUUUUACUAAACCGUGUUAACAAUUAUCUUUUAAAAUUUUUUCAACUAUAAAUAUUUUAAAAUUGAAAAAUUACACGACUUCGUUGUUAAUAGAAAAUGAUUGUGCAUACAUAUUUACAUGUCUUUAUGUUUUCGGGACUAAUACUUACAACGAUUGCCAAUGAAAUAAUUGAAUACUUGUCUUUUAAAAACUUACCAGAAGCAAAAGAAGAAUUUUAUAAUUGCUUAAAUAACAUUGCAUUUGACGACAAUAUACAAAUAGAUAAAGAAUCAUUAUAUGCAUUUUUAAAUGACAUAAGAGAAAGGUAUGUGUCCGGUAAUUUACCACCGAUCAAUACGAGUAAAGAAGUAAUGAAAUUCAUUGGAAUGUUCGGUGAUUUAACACUAAAUAAGAUCAGUAAAGAAUUAAUGAACUCCAAAGGAGAACAAACAUCAAGUAUUAAAAAAGAUUUAAACAUUUGCUGUACUAUGUUUCAUGAGAGAUUGUUCGUAGUUGAAGAACCUAUAAUAACUGAAAACAAUGAUAUUGUUACCAGGGCUUUAAAAAAUUAUGGUAUAGCUGUCAAUAUGUUGUAUGACUGUUUCAAAAAGUAUCAUUGUUUGGAUAAUGGCGCAAUACCAAAGAACAGAUUAAACCAUGAUUAUUUUCGUAAAUCUACGAUCAAUAAUUUAAAGAACAUUAUAUCUAAAACUUCUACUCCUCAAAAUAUGGUUAAACAUGUACGAAAUUGCAUUAUAAUGAAUGAUAAUGUAUUUGGGAAGUAUUGUUCUGCAGCUUAUUAUACUUUUUUGAUAUCUGAAAAUAAUGGAAUUUUUUUUACAAUAACUGUUGAUGGAAUAAUGAAUUUAAUAACAUUGAAGAAUUUACCUCGUGCUAAAACAGCGCUGUACAAUUGCUUCACGAACAAUAAUUUAAUUGAUUUUAUUAAAAAUCGCAGAUCUUUUGAUAAAUUUUUAAAUGGUUUAAGAAAAAGAAUUGUUUCUGCUAAAGUUCUCCGUAAAAAUGUUCAUGUGGAAAUAAUAAAAUUCUUAAAAGAAGAUUUAUCAAAUUUCACGAAUGAAAUAAUUAAUUGUUCUACUAAUUUUUAUUCGACAUUGUUUGAAGUGACAGAACCUGAAAUUUUAGAAAAUGAAAACGUGGAUGAUCUUGUAUCCAAAAGAUAUGAUGUAGCAAUAGAUGUUUUGUAUGACUGCUUUGAAAAGUAUAAAUGUUUUUUGGGAAUUCGAAAAAAGAAAUUGAACCAUAAUUUUUUUCGUGAAUCUACGACCCGUAAUUUAAUGGAACUUAUAUCUAAAACUUCUACUCCCCAAACAAUGAUUGACAAUAUUCGAAGAAUCAGUUUAAAUAACAAUAAUGAAUUUGGGAAGUAUUGUUCUGCAGCGUAUUAUACUUAUUUGACAUCUGAUUUCUUUUUUACAAUAAAAAUUGAUGGAAUAAUGCAUUUUAUGACAUUGAAGAAUUUACAUCGUGCUAAAACAAUACUGUACACUUGCUUCACAAAUAAUAAUUUAAUUCAAUUUAUAAAAAAUCGCAUAUCUUUUGAUGAAUUUUUAAAUGGUUUAAGAAAAAGAAUUGUUUCUGCCGAAGUUCUCCCUAUAAAUGUUCAUGUGGAAAUAAUAAAAUUCUUAAAAGAAGAUUUAUCAAAUUUCACGAAUGAAAUAAUUAAUUGUUCUACUAAUUUUUAUUCAACAUUGUUUGAAGUGACAGAACCUGAAAUUUUAGAAAAUGAAAACGUGGAUGAUCUUGUGUUCACAAAAUAUAAUAUAGCAAUGUAUAUUCUGUAUGACUGCUUUGAAAAGUAUAAAUGUUUUUCCGGAAUUCGAAAAAAUAAAUUGAACCAUGAUUUUUUUCGUGAAUCUACGGCCCGUAAUUUAAAGGAAGUUAUAUCUAAAACUUCCACUCCUCAAUAUAUGGUUGACCUUGUUCGAAUAUUUAUUUUUGGUAAUAAUCGCAGUGAUUUUGUGAAAUAUUGUUCUGCAGCUUAUUACACUUUAAUGACUUUAGAUGAAAAUCGCUCUAGACCAUGGUUUGUCAAUGGUGAAAAGUACUUAGCAGCUCAUAAAAAUGUUUUUCGGUUUCCCCAUCAAUUAUAAUUUGUAUACCUGAACUUAUAAUAACUUUUAAUAAGAAAAAUAAAAAAAAUUAAAAUUUAAUAAAAUAUUUUGAUUAAUGGUGCAAUCUGAGUGGGUUGUAAAGCCGCCUUCCAUAUAUUUAGCAAUGAUUGAAUUUUUUAAUCAUACAUAAUCAUUUUUUUGAGAAUUAACUUUUUUUUUUACUUAUUUGAAUAUUCCUUAAUAGUGGUUUAAAGUAAAAAAAUUAUGGUGAGAAAAAAAAGGUCAUCAUUAAUUUUAAAAUUAUAACUUCCUUCCAUAAAAUUAUUUUCUGAUUGCCCCAUUGAUAUUGAAUACAUUUAUAUUUAAUUCAUUAUUUAACUUAUUAUUGCAAUAAGAUUACAAUUCAAAAUAUAAUUUUGGUUUUGACAAUCGAUACA